AGUGUGCCAGCAGUCCGCGCAGAGCGCACAGCGCAGCGCCACGAGUCAGACCGUCUGUCACAGAGAGGAUCUCCGCACCUUAACAGUAUUUCAAAGACAACAAGAGUGGAUAAACUGAGCGGACAAGGGGUCUACGCAGGUGAGGUGAGGACAAGGACAAAAUCUGCAUCUGCCCCAUCUGUCCAUCAACGAAUCAAGUGCCUUGGUGCCGGCCACCCUCAGGUCACCUCAACCGCGACGGGCGCCAAACAACAAAAGUCUUGACCCAGCGUCCCUCAGACAACCUGCACAAAGCAAAUAUUUGAGGCCAUUAUAUCUAAUUUCUCCAGGCGGCCGUCACUGAAAAGAUCAACAGUGAAGGGUGUUGUUGGGAGACAGAAAGAGAGAAGAAAAAGUGGGGGAGGAAAAAAAUAACCCUUUCAAAGCGCACCCUGCCAGCUAUUUCUGCUGCACUGUGGGCAGGGAGCGUCUCAUUUGGGAGUGCUCUUGGCUGACAAAAAAAGGACUUCCCUGUGCCCUGCCUGCCUAUCCAAAUGCCUGUAUAAAUACUGGAUAGAGAUAUCAAUUUGUCUAGGCUUUAACAUUGCCCAACAAAGAGACUGUAAGCUAUCUAUAGACAACCUUACAACAAACUUCGACUGUGUGGUCUCCCGAAUUGCUACCUAUCUAUUACCCCUCAAGGAAGAUUCAAGAGCUGUGUGAACAGGAAUGAGAGCUACCACCGUUUUCUACACAUAGCAACUUUUCACUCUCACUAGGGCUGAAAUCUUCAAAGGGCCAACAACUGCUCACUGUUGUCAAGCUGUCAGUCAUUUGGGGGCUGCAGUUUUGAUGUCUUUCCCAGCUCAGUGAAUCAACAUGAAGCCCCUAACGCCAAUUGGAUCCCCUUCUCCUCUGAGGCUCCUCAACAAGGGUCCAGACUACCUGCGCAGACAGAUAGAUGGUGGAGGCCACGGCCGCUCUGUCAGCGCUGUGGAGAGGCUCGAGGCAGACAAAGCCAAAUAUGUUAAGAGCCAGCAGGUGAUCAACACCAAACAGGAGCCUGUACUGGUGCCCUGUGCUACCCCACCACCACAGCCCCGGCGAGCUAUUUCCGUUCCUGGUAGCCUGACGCCUCGUCUUCCCCCACGUCGUUCAUCCAACACUGCCUUCUCUACACUGUCUGGCUCCUUCACCUCAAGAGAUGAAAAUGAAAAUGAUGACUCCAGGAAGGAGAACAGACGGACUUCUGUUGACGUUGAGGCACAUAACAGGAGCAAUGUGAACAAUGUAAUGCCUCCCAACCCCAGGACUCCUGGAAAUCAAAGCUUGGUAGCGCCACACAGUGCCCCAGUACUCAGGAGAAGUACAGGUAAACGCUUGCUGAGGCCAGACUCCCUCGUCAUUUAUAGGCAGAAGAAAGAAUGCAAGAGCCCAAGUGGUGCAGCAGUUGGAGAGAACAAUAACAUGGAGGUCAAGGGCUACAGUUUCGUCCGUCGUCUCUUCCAGGGCUCUAUGAGAGAGAAGAGUAGCGGAGGUGAAGGCAGAAUACAGAAGAUGGUGAUCAGUGAAGAGAAAGCGCCAUCACGGGAUGGAGACUCCCGCAUGUCUUGGACCAAUGACAAAGACACGAUGGAUGGUGGACUAGGGAGCAGGAGGUCAAGUAAAACUGACCAAGAACGCAGUCCAGGGUCUAUGUCCAGUCCUGGAUUUGGCUGUACACUUGAACGGAGUAAGAAUGGAUUUACAAAUGGUACCAGUGAUGGAGUUAACAAUGGUAUCACUAAUGGCAACCACUCAAGCAACCAUGAUGAUGAGAAUGAUCCAUGGAAGCGGGCGUCACCCCAACCAGCGCCCAGAAGGCGGUUUGGGGAGUUGUGGCGCUCCAAGUCAGACUUGCGUCUGCGCUGCUCAGUGGCGUUAUCAGAGCAGGAGCAUUUCUUUGACUACUGCGGGCUGGACAUGGACAUGAUAGAGCGACUCGGUCGACAGAAUUUCCUCUCCGGUGCCAGCUCCAUAGACACACUGUCACUGGCCCUCCGCAGUGUAGGAGGGGACGGCUGCGGUGGCUCAGAGCCCAGCGAGUUUUCCCGGCACUCAGGAGAUGGGCUGUUUCAGGAAGAGCUGGCUGAGCAACUUCCUACUGGUGUGUCAAUCAUUGAGAGAAACGCUCGUGUCAUCAAGUGGCUUUACGGAUGUAAGAAUGCUGCUCGAGAGGGACCCAAAGAGUCUACUGUUUAAUAUCGGGACAAGGAACCAUGUGCCAUGGAGUGCCAAGAGUCUAAUGAGUGACAUUGACAGUUGACUUAUGGUCUGUUUCAGCCGCUAAUGUCUGCAGGUAGAGUUAGCAGUCCAUGGCACACAAUAACCUUUACUUCCUUGCUCUCCCGACUCCAAAGAGACUGUUUCUUCAAAUGAGAGGACAACAACUGCUACUGGUCUUGUCAAAUUGAUAUAUUGUAUUUAUAGAUCCUAUGGAAGCAUUGUGUGGGUAUACUGGUGAAUGAAACAAUUUCUCCCAGCAAAAUGUUUUGGUAUCUGUGUGUGUGUGUGUGGCUGUGUUUAGAGUGGACUGUCCUCCAUUUGUAGCUUCUUUUCAGUUAUUGACCGAACUAGAUUCAGAACUGAUCUGAAAUCAGCCCCUGUGACCCCUCACAAGGCACAUAAGUGUAUGUUAGUCAUGACACAGCGGACACAGUUUAGUGUCCUUGACACAAACACUCUCCCUUAAUGACUAAAUUAAAAUGGAAAACCACUAAGCUAUGUUUUUUCUAAACUGGAAAACUGUUGUGUGAGUGUGAAGUGAACCAUGAGUACCUCAUUUGGAUCUGUCCCAGUUUAGUUUGUGUGUUGCUUUUUUUUACUCCUUAAACGCAGGCGUUGGAACAAACAUGCGAGGCACCCCUGUGGGGUUGUUAAUGCACUGAACUGGACAGAGAGAGAGGAAAUGAAAGAUAGAGAUAUAGUUGACUCUUUACAGAGAUUCAUCUCGUAUAUCGUUAAACACUGAGCUGGAUUCAAAGGAGCACCUGCAUUGUGUAAGAGCCAUGCCUGGCCAGUAAUUUUCAUCUUAUUUUCUUAACCAUAAAGAGGGUAAAUUCUCACACAGUAUACACUGUCUAAUAAUCACGUGUGACACAUUGGUCAUUGAUCACCACAGCUAAUGCUUUAUGAGUGUGCUCACAACUGUGUAAGCUAAAGAACUGCAGAGAUUAUUAACAGGGAAAGAUUCCUGUGAGAGCAAAACUGGACUUUUGCAACCAAAUAUAUAACACAAUGAGAAUUUUUAUCUCACAAAAGAAGUUAGAAAAAUGAAGACAAUUUUUUUCAUAAAGUAAUAUAUUCACCUCCAAAAGUAAAGGAGCUCAAGUUGUCAAACCCUUGCUGUGAAAUGUUUUAGGAUGUCACUUGUACCAUCUGGCAGUUUACAGACAUUUAACCUUCCCAGCUGGCUCAGUCAGCCCGUUUACCAUCAAAACAAGAAGGGGAGGCUGAAGCUGCCCUCCUUUCUCUGAUAACCAGAGAUCCUACCUCACUUCAUCCAUCCUUUAGUGAUUCUCACUUUAUCUCCAUGAAAGGUCAUUUCUAUUGGUUGGCCUGGAGGAUGCCACUGAUAUAUGAACUGGGGGUCUGCCAAGGUAUGUGGAGGUUAGACUGAUAGGCAUUACUGAACCCAAGGUUAUAUUUGUACAUGUGAUAAAUUAACACAAUUACUUGCAGCUUUGAUAUGGUUUUUUUUCUUCUUCUUCUGUAUUUAUCAUCAGCAUGGCACACUCCUGAAACUCCUUCAACUGGACGUUUUUUGGUUUUAUAUCUCCCUGUUAAAAAACCAUUUGGUUGCAUGUUUACAAAGUGGCUCCAUAAAAUUCUGAAUCUCUUUUUUAUUUGAUAUAUAUGAGAGAUUUGGUUUUUAUUCCAAAGACGUUUGUGUAUGAUGUACACA